AUGGACCCCGAAGCCGCGCUCACGAGGGUCGUGGACUCCGCCUCCGCCGCCCUCCGCAGCAGGACGAUGGUGCCGUCGGCGAUGCUCACCGUCGGCGUCUUCCAAGCGGUGGCGGCCCUCGCGCUCUUCUUCUACAGGACUACUCCCGAAGGCAUCUUCUCCCACCACGGCAGCGCGGUCGUCUUCGUGUAUUACGGCGUCCUUGUGGCCGGUGUGAUCGUGGGCUCUGCGACGGCCUCUGCUUCUUUCUGGGUCGCGCGCCGCCUCGAGAACCGGCAUGGCAUUGGCAUGGCUCUCCUCUGCGCUUCCACGCUCACCCUCAUCCCUGUGUUUGGGAUACUCAUCGGCUUCGUCAUGCUCAAAAAGUAG